UGGCCAGCUGUGUGUCACCUGCUUCAGUUCCUCUUAAUGGCGUUCCCUCAGUGCUUCAGGAAGUUUUUGCAUGUUGAUGGAAUGCAGAAAAACACCAAGUCUCAACGGAAGGUGAAGAUGAAGGUGCUGCUUCUGAAAUGUGCUGUUUCUUAACCUAUUGGGUGCCUGUAGUUCUUGUAGGAGGGUGUCUGCAUUUUAUGUUCUUUUACUUGUCAUAACAAGUGAAUGAUGAUUCAGAACUUAGAACAUUCCCCGUCCGUAUGGUUAAUGAAUGUUAUUAAUUAUUUAGAUCUUAUUGUUCUAAUGGUAAUAUAAAGGAUGACUGUCUUGAGCGCCUGACAGCUUGUUAGUCUUUCUGGGAGGUAUCUUUGUGUUUACUCGCCUGAGAUUCACACGCUUUUAUCACAAGCAGUUAUUCAGUGACAUGGGCCACUAGCUCUCACGCAUCAUUCGUCAUAUGAGUUACAAAUAUCUAAAGAACUUGUCAGUAUGUUUUUCCCAUUUGUGGUCCAGCGUUUUCAGCCGGGUCAUGCAGGCGUUUAUUCGUUAGAUGCCUUUCGGCACUGAGGAGAGAAACCUGAGCGUUGAGACCUUAGCAACUGUGACGUGGAACUUGUGCAGUCAGGUUUGUUGUAUUUAAGGCUGAACUUUAAAGACCUCAGGAAUGGAGGAGACCAUCUGGGAGCAGUACACUGUGACAUUACAGCGGGACUCCAAGAUGGGGUUUGGCAUCGCGGUGACGGGCGGGCGGGACAACCCCAAUGUGGAGAGCGGGGAGACGUCCAUCAUCGUGUCAGAUGUUCUCCCAGGAGGCCCAGCUGACGGACAGCUCUACGAAAAUGACCGUGUUAUUUUGGUCAACACCAUCCCCAUGGAUAAUGUGCCUCACUCAUUUGCUGUGCAGCAACUGAGAAAAUGUGGGAAAGUAGCCAAAAUUACAGUGAAGAGGCCCCGCAAGGUUUCCGUCCAGACUGUAAAGACGCCCCCCUCCCCCGAAGCGCACGACUGGCCGACCGACUACGACGAGUACGAGCGGCACAGCAGUCUCAGCAGCCGCAAACCCAGCUGGCCCGAGGGGAAUGGGGGCCUGGGCUACCCCCGCAAACGGGACCAAAGCUUGGAGCAGGAGCGGGGGAGGGGCGCGUACCUGGAGCCCGAUUACCGGACCCGCGGAUAUGGCCGCGACCAGGAGUACGGCCGGGGCAGGAGUGUGGAGCGCGACGAGCGGGACUACCGGCGAGACGGCAGCAGGGGGCGCACUCUGAGCCGCGAGCUUAGCCCCGAGCGCCGCUACCUGAAGGAUCACAGCAGGGGGCGCAGCGUCGACCGCAACCGUGACCUCAAUAGUCCCACCCAGACCUACAACAACCGCGAUCUCAGCUACGAGCGCAGGAGAAUUGAGCCACGCACCGAUGAGCGGAUGCUGCCGAGUCGCAGCAGGGAGCAGCUGCCGGACCGCUCCCCAUCCCCCGACCCACGCGCCCACGAUGGCGACCGGGAGUGCCUGGAGAAGCCCAUCAACGUGCUCCUAGUGAAGAACCGGCCCAACGAAGAGUACGGCCUUCGCCUGGGCAGUCAGAUCUUCAUCAAAGAGAUGACCAGCACUGGUCUGGCAGCCAAGGAUGGGACCCUGCGGGAAGGGGACAUUAUUCUCAAGAUUAACGGGACGGUCACGGAGAACCUGUCCCUGGCCGAUGCCGGGAAGCUAAUUGAGAAAUCCCGGGGAAAGCUGCAGCUGGUGGUCCAGCGGGACCGGAGGCAGAUCCUGAUCCGCAUCCCCGCUCUGGCAGACAGCGACUCGGAGCCUGAUGACAUCUCUGAGAUCGAGUCGUAUCGCUCCUACUCCCCGCAGGAUGAUAGACGCUCCCGUCAUUCGGACCUCUCGUCGCAUUCGUCAAACGAGAGGAUACGUGAGAAGCCCGGGGAUGAGCCCCAGAGCAAACAGGGCAGGGCGGGUAGCAUGCCAUCCUCUUUCCGGGGGUCCGAGGACAACCAACCCCAGCAGGAGCAUGCAGAGGAGCCGCGAACGGAGGAUCCGCCGGGUAUCCAUCCGCCUGGUAUCCAUCCGCCUGGUAUCCAUCCGCCUGCUGUCGUUAAUGCAACUCCAAAAAUUCUGCUGAGGCCCAGCCCGGAGGACGAGGCCACUUAUGGGAGCAACACUGUGAUGGUGAGCUUCCAGAAGGGGGAAAGUGUCGGUCUGCGCCUGGCUGGGGGCAACGAUGUGGGUAUCUUCAUAGCAGGAGUUCAGGAGGGCAGCCCUGCCGAGGAAGAGGGGCUCCAAACCGGGGACCAAAUUAUGAAGGUGAACAAUGUCGACUUCAGGGGCCUCGUCCGAGAGGAAGCAGUGUUGUUCUUGCUGGAGAUACCUAAAGGGGACACCAUGACCAUACUGGCACAGAGCAAGUCUGAUGUUUACAAGGACAUCCUGGCAUCUGGCCGAGGGGACUCGUUCUUCAUCAGGACCCACUUUGAGUAUGAAAAGGAGUCUCCACAGGGUCUGUCCUUCUCACGGGGAGAGAUCUUUAAGGUGGUGGACACCCUGUAUGAUGGAAAACUGGGCAACUGGCUGGCUAUUCGAGUCGGACGAGACAACCGGCUUCUGGAGAAGGGCAUCAUUCCGAAUAAAAGCAGGGCUGAUCAAAUGGCCAGUGUUCAGAACUCUCAGAAGGGGGCAGGAAACGACAGGGCUGAUUUCUGGAGGUUGCGUGGCCAAAGGGCAGCUCGGAAAAAGGACCUUCGGAAGACCCGCGAUGAUAUGGGCUCCACCUCCAUCGGCACCCGGUUCCCUGCCUAUGAGAGGGUGGUCUUACGGGAAGCUGGUUUCAAGAGACCUGUGGUGCUGUUUGGACCCAUCGCCGAUGCAGCUAUUGAGAAGCUGUCCUCAGAUCUGCCUAAUGAGUUCCUGAUUGCCAAAACAGAGCCCAAAGAUGCGGGGUCGGAAAAGUCCCCAGGCGUGGUGCGCCUUAACACCAUCCGGCAGAUUAUUGAGCAGGAGAAGCACGCUCUGCUGGAUGUGACGCCAAAGGCUGUGGACACACUCAACUACACUCAGUGGUAUCCCAUCGUCAUCUUCUUCAACCCCGACAGCAAGCAGGGAGUAAAGAGCAUGCGGCAGCGUCUCAUCCCAGGCUCCAACCGCAGCUCCCGGAAGCUGCACGACCAGGCGGUCAAGCUGAGGAAGACCUGCUCACAUCUCUUUACUGCCACGAUCGAUCUGAACUCUACCAAUGACGCGUGGUACGGGAGUGUGAAGGACUCCAUACGUGAGCAGCAGGCUCAGGCCGUUUGGGUGUCCGAAGGGAAGCUGGACUUGACAGAGGGGGAUCUUGAUCUCCAUGACGAUCGCAUGUCCUACCUCUCAGCCAUGAGUGCCGACUAUCUGAGUAUGGAUAGCCGGCUUGUCAGUGACUACGACGACACGGCCGAUGAGGGCGGAGCCUACACUGACAACGAGCCCGACGAGCCGAUAGGCGAACCGCAUGUUUCUGCCAUCAGUCGAUCCUCCGAGCCUGUCCUAGCUGAAGAGCUUUUGAGGCGACCGAGCCCAGAUUCACGAAUACGCAUGAAGACGUUUGGGAUUCGGGAGGCACCUCGGGAAUCUAGCCCCCCUCCUUCCUUUGUCCCUGAAACACCCAAGAUGAAAGCACAGUCCCGAGACAAGGGGCUUCGCGUACAGCCCAGACCCCGCAGAGGUUACGACUCUCACUCCAGCAGCCCCACGAGCAGUGAUCACCCACGCAGCCAGGACUCCUACAGCGGAAAGCCCCUACCACCCCCCACUGCCCUCAAACCCACCUACCGGUCCCGCAUCCCCAGGGGCACGCCUGACAGCCAGCCCCCUGGUGACCGGGCUGAGGUGCCGGCGAGCCCAGAAGACCCAUCCCAGAAGUCCUUUCUUGGCAAGGUGAAAGCUUUCGAGAAGAUGGACCACUUUGCCCGGACGCAGAGGAUGCUGGAGCUGCAGGAAGCCCAGAACGCCAGGCUGGAAAUUGCUCAAAAGCAUCCGGAUAUCUAUGCGGUUCCUUUGAAGCCACCAAAGGCCGACCUCAGCCGGCCGCAACCAAUAGGUUCAAGCUCGCGCCCAGAGCCCCAGACCUCGCCUUCCAAGCAGCCCUACACUGAGAGCCGGCCAGCAUAUUACCAUGGCGGGGAAGAGGACUACCGGCAGCAGCUGGCCGAGCAGAACACACGGGGCUACCCUGCCAGCUCACAGCAGUACCAGGACACUGAGCUGUAGAGGCAGCUAUGGAGGCAGACAGCCUCGGCCGGCCGCCGGCCACCAUUCCACAGGGUACAUACACUCCCUGCUGCUGACUCAGAAGCCUUCCUCUUUUUAAGUUGUCCUUGCUUCUAAGAAGUUCAAAUAUCUGUCCAUGUGGAUAAAAAAAAGUUGGAUUUAUUUGUAUUUACUUGUUUUGUUUAUUAAUCAGGAGCCACUUUCGAUUGCCUAUGCAAACAUUUCAGUUUCUACAGAGCAGCUGGAAACGAUCGCCACGUCUCCCUUUUUCUUACUUCGAACCAAAACUUAUUGACUUUUUGCAGCCUGUUUUGUUACGUUUUGUUUUUGUAAACCUCGAAACGACUACCAGUUUGUGUCACCGGCUCAUUUGUAAUUACACGUUUGGUCACCUUCUCUCCAUCUAUUCCUGCCUUCCUGUGAACACGCUCAGACACACAUGCGCACACUGGGAUUUGCUAAUGUGUUUUUGAAGUGCCUUUUUUCCUUUGAACACCAUGGUUGUGUGAUGCACGUAGAACAAACGAGCCCAUUGCGAGCAGAGAACCAUCAAAUCUGAAGGGAUAACAGGGAACCAACAACACCAGAUCCUUAACAAUAAAUGUCCUUCCCCCCCCGUCUUCAUUGCUAGCGGCGUGUGGUCAGAACCGUCUGUUUCAGAAUAGGGAUUCUGAUAAGACUGGCUGGAAUAUGAAAGUGUUAAAUUUAUAUUGUGUUAUGACCACAAAAUUUGAAUGUAUACUACAUCUGCUUGAUUAUAUGUUGGUUUACUGUAUUUUCAUGUAUAAGCUGAAGUGUUUCAAACAUGGUUUUCAUUCGCAGCAUUCCGCUUGUUUGGAUAUAACUGUGAGAAGAGUGAGACCAUGGUCCUUUGGUCUUGCGUCAGCCCUUGAAGUUUAAUUUGCUACACCAAAUACAAAUAAAGCUAACAAGUUAAUUUUUUAAAAAGGUAAACAGUAUUAUAAUAAAUAAUAUAAAGACACUUGUUUUUACUGCAGUAUAAAAUGUAUUUUACAAAAGUUUGGUGUUAAAAUAAAUCGCACAUACUCUGUACACAAACUUCUAGCCAUGUCAUUGGCCUCUGGGAUCCUCACUCUGGAAAAAAAAACUAAGGAAAUAAUAAACCAGUUCUGUUAAUGUU